UCGUGAAAGCACAUUGACGCAGAAAGAAGCCAGAAGGACGCUAAUAAGUCAGUCUUAUUAUUUGUUCUCCAGUUUGAAAUAUUUACGUCGUAUAAAAUACAUCUUUGAGUCUUUAUUUUAAGGAUAAAAUCGUCUCGAUGUGCUAGAAGCACUUUGCUGCUUCUCGUGCUCGUUUAUUGUUAGUUAGCUUAGCUCGCUAGUUAGCUUAGCUUGUUAGCUGCUAACAGAAGUUAUCAACACAUCGCUAAGUAGAGAUCAAGUGUGAGAGUAAAGUGUUGUGAUUGUGUGAAAAUGUCUACAUUACACAUGUUGAGAGCGUUGGUGGAUCAGCGACUAACUGCUGCCGUUGAAGAAAUAUUUGUAGUGUUAGAAAGAACGAUAGCAGAAUACGAGGCGGAACUUUCUAGAACAAAGGAGGAGAACAAUCGACUACUGGACGCUGUUUUCAAGAAACAUCAAGUUGUGUUACACAGAACAGACGUCUGUGAAGAACAUCUUCACCCUGAGCAACAGCAGUGGAGCUUCAGGAUGCGGACGGAGGAGCCACAGCCCUCCCACAUUAAGAAGGAAGAGGAAUACCCACUCAUCACCCAUUUUAAAGAGGAAGAGGAGGACCCACUGACCCCUCACAUUAAAGAGGAAGAGGAGGAACACAGCAUCAGUCAGCAGGGAGAGCAUCUUGAAGGACUGGAGGAGGUUGAUGUCACCAAGAUGCCAGUGACUGGUGUCCCUGUGAAGAGUGAAGAUGAUGAGGUCAAAGGUGAGAGUGAGGAGAAGAGAGAGGCGGAGCCUCCAAGAAGCAGCUCAACACAACACAUGACAACAGAAGCUGAUGGAGACCACUGUGGAGGAUCACAAGCAGACAAGAUCUUAGCUCCACUAUCAGAUAGUGAGGACACAACGUCACACUCUCCUGACACUGAUGAUGAACACUCUAAAGAUGAUGCAACAUGUCACACUGACAACACUCACUUCACAUGUUCUCACUGUCACAAAACUUUUAAAUACCAUAGUGAUCUGAAAACACACACAAGAAGACACACUGGAGAAAAACCUUUUUCUUGUUCAUUCUGUGGUAAAGGUUUCACACAAAGGCAAUCUUUGAAAAUACACAUGAGAGCACACACUGGUGAAAAACCCUUUUCCUGUUCAACCUGUGGUAAAGGUUUUACACAUAGUCAACAUUUGAAAGUACACAUGAGAACACACACUGGUGAAAAACCUUUUUCCUGUUCAACUUGUGGUAAAGGUUUUACACAAAGUCAGAGUGUGAAAAGACACAAGAGAACACACACUGGGGGAAAACCUUUUAUCUGUUCAAUCUGUAGUAAAGGUUUUAGACAAAGUCAAUAUUUGAAAGUACACAUGAGAACACACACUGGUGAAAAACCUUCUUCCUGUUUAAUCUGUGGUAAAGGUUUUACACAAAGUCAAUCUUUGAAAGAACACAUGAGAACACACACUAGUGAAAAAACCUUUUCCUGUUCAACUUGUGGUAAAGGUUUUACACAAAGUCAACAUUUGAAAAGACACAUGAGAAGACACCCAGGAGAGGAAGUGUUGAGUUGCAGUGUGUGUGGUGAAAGAUUGUCUUCUAAGUACCAGUGUAAGAAACACAAGUGUGCUGGUGAGAACAGCAGCAGCAAAUGAAACUGCAGGAUUUGAAAUAAACUGUCAAGACUUUAAUGUUGACUUUCUAACAACAUCAGCACAUAUAACAUGUGUGACAUUGUUGUUUGUGUAACUAUCUUGUUAAUAUGCUUCUACAUUUUUUUUUUUAACGUUGAUGUUCCAGGUAAUCUUAU